UCACGGAGCAGAAAUUUGCCAGACGGGGGCAACGGCAGCUUGGGAGGAAAAAAAGGGCUGAAGAGAGGAAGCUUUGCGGGGGGUUGCUCCACAACUGGUGGGCAUUUCUCUUUGAGGUCACUGCAUGGGAUGGCAAGGGGUUUCCUGGCCCGGACGGUUACUGUGGUUUCUCUCACUGUGACAUUAACUGCUGUUGCUGCUAAGUCUUCUUCCUGCACUUACUUCUACCCACUAUUUCAAGCAGCCAGGAAUCUAGCCUGCAGCCCAUCUUCAGAAAGUUGGUUUCACAGUGACACUGGUAAAAUGUCGAAUUGUAAAGACGCAAGAGAAAAUUUGCAUAACAAAGCAAGGACCUCCCCAUAUCCAGGAUCAAACAUCGAGCGCAGCAGAGUUCCCAACGAUAAAGUGGAUUGGUCAACUGAAUGGGAGGAUUACAGCCCUGUGGAAUAUACAGCACAAUCUGUUUUGGCAGGACCUAAAUGGGCAGAUCCAGAAAUUGGGGUGAAAAACUUUUCUCCAAAGUUCAACGAGAAGGAUGGGCAAGUGGAGAGGAGGAGCCAGAAUGGUUUCUAUCACGUGGAAAAUGGGAGGCCCAGGAAUCCUGUAGGCAGGACAGGAAUAGUGGGCCGAGGUCUCUUGGGGCGUUGGGGACCAAAUCAUGCUGCAGAUCCUCUUGUAACUAAGUGGAAGAGAGAUGGCAGUGGCAAUAAAGUAGCUCACCCAGUGUCUGGCAACAGUAUCUUGCAAUUCAUUGCAAUCAAAAGGAAGGACUGUGGGGAAUGGGCCAUUCCAGGGGGCAUGGUAGACCCAGGGGAAAAAUUGUCAGCUGCACUAAAGAGAGAAUUUAGCGAGGAGGCCUUGAACUCCUUACAGAAAACUGAGGCUGAGAAAGAAGAGAUGGAGAAACAACUGAAUAGGCUGUUCAGUCAAGAUUACUUUGUGGUAUACAAAGGGUAUGUGGAUGAUCCUCGUAAUACAGACAAUGCUUGGAUGGAGACAGAAGCCGUAAACUACCAUGAUGAAACUGGUGAAGCAAUGGAGAACUUACACUUGGAAGCAGGAGACGAUGCUGGGAAAGUGAAAUGGGUUGACAUUGGAGAAAAGCUGAAACUCUAUGCCAGUCAUGCUGACUUCAUCAGGCUCGUGGCAGAGAAAAGAGGAGCACACUGGAGGGAAUAUCCUAACCUGGUUUGCCAUGAUGGGGCUGAGAUCAAGGCCUAAACUAAAGCCUAAACAUGGCUGAUAAAAGUUUAGGGAUGGAAUGAGGUGUUAAUGCUGCUUUGAAGAAUGAGAUUACUGAUGUAUGGAUGGAGAACCUGCAGCCCUUAAGAUUUGUUGGACUCCAGUUCCCAUCAGCCCCAUCCACCAUGUGCCAAUGGGCAGGGCUGAUAGGAGUUGUAAUCCAACAGCAUCUAGAGUUCCACAGCUUCCUCAUCCUUGUUUUAAAGCCACAAAGGAUGGGCAGCCAAAUUUAAGUGAUGCCAAAUCCCCAUUAAAUUUUCCAAUGAAAUAAAAUCAGUGUGACUUCUAAAUGUCUAGAUUUGGAGCUUUGGGUGCACGGUGCCCUCUCUUUUUAUCAAGAAAUAUUGCUAAGGUAUUCGAGAACACAUUCUGCAUCCAUUAUACGUAAAUAAAAACAUGUAUAAGGGUGUGAUUUUUGUUGAUCAACAGGAGUGUUGAGAGGCAUUUUACAAUUAUAAAAAUUAACAGCUGCAAUCUGUUUUACUUCCUGACAUUGAUCUAAUGUUAUGGAAAUAACCCUUUAGUGCCAGCACUUAAUAUUUAUUGUCAUAAUCAGGAAGCAAUUUAGGUUGCACUCCUAUGCACUUAAUCCGGGAAUAAACCCCAUUGAACCCAGAGGGACUUGCUUAUGAGUAAACCAUGCACAGAAUUGCAUUGUGUGUCUUUAAGUCAGAAUCUGAAUGAUCUCUUGUUCAUCAUACAAAAUAAGCCACCAUACUAUUGUUGUUUUUACCACACUGAUCCUAAUCUUUGUAGAGAAGGGAAAA